GGCUGAAUGAUUGGUUAUGGGGGCCAUGCAAGGCUAUGACCUCAAGUCAUUCGACCCCCUUUGAAUUCCAGAACACGAGUCAUAGACGGCAACGACCCAUGCACCUCGGCACACUCCAAAGACACUGGAGAUGCACGAGUCACCGGGCACCUGGUCUUCGAGGAUCCGCCAAUUAGACUUGCUGGGGCCGUCUAGAUGUACUUGUAUUACCGCGAUCGGUCUGUCUUUUCUUGAAGUCACAAAGUCCCAGAAUCACCCACAGAGCAGCACAUACAAUGGCCGACUUCAUGGUUCCUUCACUUGCUACACCUGACUUGAAGAGGCGUGCGAAUGCACCCAUUCAUUCAGAGCGCAGAAUCAAGAUCAUAUGCAUUGGUGCUGGAGCAUCUGGUCUUCUCUUCGCAUACAAGCUCCAACGAAGCUUUCGGAAUUUUGAAUUGACGAUAUACGAAAAGAACGAGGAAGUCGCCGGCACAUGGUGGGAGAAUAAAUAUCCAGGGUGUGCAUGUGAUGUCCCAUCGCAUAACUAUACUUGGUCGUUUGAGCCAAAGUUGGACUGGUCUGCAGUGUAUGCAGGUAGUGGCGAAAUCUUCAACUAUUUCGACACGUUCUCGCGGAAACAUGGCCUACGAAGAUAUUGCAAAACCCGCCAGCAAGUCGUGAAGGCCACCUGGGACAGUGCCAAAGGUGGAUAUCACGUGGGAGUCCACGACUUGGCUAACAACACACACCAUGAGGACUACUGUGACAUUCUCAUCAACGCCGGAGGUAUUCUGAAUGCGUGGCGAUGGCCGGCAAUUCCAGGUCUUGAUAAGUACAAGGGAACUCUUCUACACACCGCCAACUACGAUACUUCUGUUGAUCUCACUGGAAAGCAUGUUGGACUCAUUGGAAAUGGAUCAUCUGGCAUCCAGGUUCUACCAACAGUUCAGCCACAUGUCAAGAAGCUCACAACAUUCAUCCGAGAGCCUACCUACGUCUCCCCAGUGCAAGGCCUUGAACAGCAUGUUUUCACGCCACAAGAACUUCAUGAUUUUGCACACAAGCCCGGUGCGCUGCUUGAAUACCGCAAGAAUGUCGAAACUGGAUUGAACGGACAAUUUAGUCUUUUCUUGAAGGGCACGAGAACUCAGAACGAUACUCGAGCAUACAUGAUCGAGCAAAUGAAACAAAAGCUCAACAACAAAUUCCUAGAAGAGAAGCUGAUUCCAGACUGGUCGCUGGGAUGCCGACGGCUCACUCCUGGUGUCAAUUAUCUAGAGAGCCUGACGAAGGAGAAUGUCUCUGUGGUGUACGGAGAGAUCAAAGAAAUCACAGAGAAUGGUUGCCUGUGCGACGACGGUAACGAGUACGCAGUAGACGUACUGAUCUGCGCGACUGGCUUCGACACCACAUUCAAACCACGCUUUCCCUUGAUCGGCCCUUCAGGUGAUAAUUUACAAGACGUCUGGGCCAAAGAACCGACAUCAUAUCUCGGAGUUGCAGCACCAGAUUUCCCCAACUACCUGAUUUUCUUAGGGCCCAAUUGUCCUAUCGGCAACGGACCGGUGCUGUCGGCCAUCGAGUACCAGGCUGACUGGAUGAUGCGCAUAAUCGACCGAUACCAAGUACACAACAUCAAGAGCUUUGCGCCCACGACCGAAGCCGUGAGUGACUUCAUCAAGUACAAAGAUGAGUACAUGAAGGAGACUGUCUGGGCAGAUCCAUGCCGAAGCUGGUACAAGGCUAAUCAGGCUGAUGCUCCUGUGACAGCCCUUUGGCCUGGCUCGACCCUGCACUACAUCGAGGCUUUGGGUGAGGUUCGAUGGGAGGAUUUCAAGGUCGAGUAUAACGGCAACAGGUUCGCCUGGCUAGGGAAUGGCUACAGUCAAACAGAAUUGGACCAGACGGCGGACUGGGCCUAUUAUGUCCGAGACCAUGACGAUGGCGAGUACUUCAGCCGUGGCAAAAAGAGGGAGAUCAUGACCAAGUCAGGUACCUGUUCGCACGACGCGGGCGGUGUUGAUUUUACAGGUAGACAGGAGAGGCUUUAG